ACUCUCGUGGUCGAAGGAGUCAGUGGAAUUGUAUUUCUACUUCCUUUCGCAUCCUCAAGCUCGAUCGGACGUUUCGCAGGUUCGCAUCGUUAAUUCUCCGGCGAUAUUUCCCGACGAGAAGAACGGGUCGAGUGAUCGACAGGAACGGCGAUUCCGAUCGGGGGACAGUGAUCGAGGUCCGAAGAAAAGAAAGUAUUUCGUUGACAGUCGAUUCAUUUCGUCCACCUAGAUACUGGAUCCACAAACUAACAUCAAGCACCAUCGAACAAAAAUUUUCUCCUGAAUCAGAAAAGAAAAGAAAGCAUAAAUAACAAGAAUCUUAGAGAAGAUACCAUCAGAAAACCUACAAAGUGCAAUUGACGCGUUUAAUAGGAUAAACUAGCCAAUACCUUCAACUUUGUUACUCAACUGGAAAAAUUCGGCAAGAAGAAGACAGGUUUCCCGUUACCGGUCUUGCAGGCCGUUCUUUCGGUUUUGUAUUUCGAUCGAUAAAGACAAGUGGAUUCGUUGCGCUGGCUGCGUCCCGGCGUACAUGCAAGCUGCCUCGAAUAAGGGCCUCAGGACUGCAGGUAGUCUUACAAAAGGGUCCACUCCCAGCGUUGUCACGUUUCUUGGGAAAGUCGACGCAACUGGCGAGGUCUGCCAACAGCAACAGCGCUGAAGCCGAGGAAAGCGAUAAUAAAGUACCAAAGGUACAUGAUAACUGGCGACGAUACACGCUCUAAAUCUUCGAGCGUUGCUUCGGGAAACUGUACGGGGAAAUAAUAAUGAUCUCCAACAGGAAAAUCGGUAGCCAGCUCUUUUCAACGGUGUUUACGUAGCAGAGACAAUAGAUAGCGGGGAUUCGGAGAUAAUUUAGAAUUGCUUAAGAUCAACGAUAUCGAGGCGAAGGUGAACGGACUUUAUAAAUAUUGGGGUCUCUGAAUCAUUGCAUCGCCGAUUAAGCUUGCUUGGGCGUCUGUGAAUCUGUACGAAGACAACCGGGUGAAAUUACAUUUUCGUGCACGGGCGAUAUCGAUCGAUCAUCUUUGGCUUCUACCAUUAUUACGAGACCUGUAAAAAAUGUCGCUCACCUCGACAGAGGAUUGGAACGAGACCUUGUCACUGGUAGGAUUGAACGCGACCACGAUGGUACCGAACAUUGUUUUGAACCCGUCAAAAAGGCACGUGACGUUCGCGUCUCAAAUGGUGCUCACCCUUGUGUACAUAACCGGUGUGAUCGGCAACGUGUCUGCUUUAGUCAUUCUUUUCCAUCGUGAUAAGAGGAGAAAUCGAAAGCACUUGCUGAUGUUGCGCUGUUUGGCAACAAACGACCUCGUUGCUCUAUUGGGGAUGCUGGUACAGAUGUACAUCACAAUAUACGUGGGCAGCGUGAUAUCCACAAGGGGGUUUUGCUCCCUUCGUGUCGUUUGGAGACUAUUUGGUCUAUUUAGCGGUUGCGUAGCUAUAGUAAUGGCUGCAGAAAGAUGGCUGGCCUUGACAAGACCCUUCGUGUAUCAAAAGCAGGUGACGUAUCCGGUAAUUGUACGUUGUAUGCUAGCGCUUUGGUUGAUUGCCCUAGCCUUGACUAGCCUGCCGGUGUUGGGCUUUGGUUUGUACUACAAGGGCGAGCGGUGCGUACGAUAUAGGGAAGCCAUCGAGCCGGCGGACAUCGCGUACGCCUACGUUUGGUUCGUUUUCGGUACUGGUCUCUGUUUAUCCAUAGUCUGGUGCAAUUUGGCCGUUUCCAGAGCACUUAGCAGGUUGAGUCGAAAGGCUGGUGCUUUACGACGCGUAACAAGAUCCUCUUCGAGAGCGAAACCACUAUUGACGGUGACUGGUCCACCGUCAGAAGUCGUCACAACCGCCGAGGAAAGAGCAUUUGCGAGGUUGAUGGCAGUGCUAUCGAUAUCAUUUGUUAUUUGUUGGAUGCCGCAAAUGAUCUCCAUUCCAUUGGCACAGUUCGCGCUACAGCUGCCGCAGAAGGCAAUAUUCGCGCGAAAAGCAAUUCGUAUGUUCCACGUGGCCGCUGACAUCCUUCUUUGUAUUCACUUCACCCUGGAUCCAUAUAUCUACGUGCUACUGAGGAUGCCGAGACCAAGAUUCCGUCUUCUGAAACCCCUUUGCAAGAUCUGUUGGCCAGGCAGAAGCCGGUCGAGUUCAUUCACAGGAACUACAGAUCACCAUGGUAGCAGUGGUGAUCCAUCGACUCCGAUCACCGAGGCACCCUCCACGCCUGUCAGUGAAGAGCACCCACCUUUAGUGGCCAUUGCUGUCUGAGACAGGCUACAGCGAAUGAUCUUCCAGAAGCGACUCAAGAACUACGAUGUUAGCUACGUCUGAGUCACUCUUCGAAGCUAUCGGGGGAUCUUCGCGGAAUAUUGGAGGAUGAUAUCAUGGAGAAUUGAUAUGCUGAUGAAUUUGAUUGGUCGUAUUGAAACAUGACGACAAACAUUUCGAAAGUUCGGAUUGUGGAACGAAAAGGCGUACAUCCAGAAAGACUUCGAGUUGAAAUUUUUCCACCUGCGAAGGAAUUUUGAGAUCCAAUGUUGUAGAGGAACAACUGAGUGUGUUGAAAACAAUACCUCGCUGAUACUUCGUGUACAAUUUACAUCAGGUUUUCGUAUUGUUUAGAAUUUCUGCGUUGCCAUAUUUGUUUGUUUAUAUGGUUUAUAUGCGACAGUUUGCCGACCGCACGAGUAAUAAUCAGUUAAAUGACUUAUUGAUUUAAAUGAAUGUGAAGCUGAGUACUAAUUCCCGAUUUUUUCGUCUCUGAUGAGUGUUACUAUUAUUUUCGAAAGAGUAACACUGAGCAUUGUAAAUAACUACCGAUUUCUUCUGAGCACAAGAUGUUCUACGAUUGACCUGAAUGCAUUAUGUAUACUCAAUGACUAUUAAGUCGUAGUAAUUUUUAUUCGAUUCAGAAAUUUUUGUAUUUUUCUGGAUACUGAUACAGGUUUCAUAAAAUUGAACAUAAAAUCACUUGUGCUAUUAAUUAGUUUUACUUUAUUUAUUUAUCUAUGUUAUCAUUAAAAUUUUAACUUUACAAUUGAAUUACUAUUCCAGAACAAUAUGUCAACUAAUUUAUUUUGCCAGAAUUCACGAUUUAAAUAAUAAUGAAGAUCGUUUAAUGAUCUUAUAAUUCUUCAUUACAUGAAAGGUAAUAGUACUCGACAUUUUCUUUAAAGAAAAAAUAUUGGGAUACGUAUUUAUACAUGUAUGUACAUAUAUUUUUUUAAACUACUGAUGUAUAGUGAUUAAUAUUCCAAAAUGUCUUCAAGUAUAUUAAUCAUUAUAUUUCUCAUUCCGAGAAAAUACUCCAAUUUGGCGUAAACCUGCAUGUAUACUCGUUCGGUGGGCAAUAUGUUAAUAUUGUUCUUAUAUCAAUAAUAAUUUCUUCCAUCAAUACAGCGCUCCAAAGAUACAUCAUCUUUUAUUACGAAAUUUUAAUUAGAAUACCUGGUAAUAUUUUACAAAAUGAAGAUUUCAUUGCUUUAUGGUUAUUUAGACGAAGUAAAUCAAUUGGCAUCAUUCCAAAAGAUACUUGUAUUUACAUCUUACGAAUACUUUUCAUUAGACAGUGCAUUAAUUAUUAAUUUGAAUAGUUCGAAAUUUUUUGGAAUUUAUGACUGACAUAAUGAGAAGAACUCUACUCAUUUGUAAUUUGCAAGUGAGGAUGAGUGCCACUUGUUUGGAUAAAAUUAGAUCAAUGUGAUCGAUGGACUGCGGAUGUUUAUGAAAAUUCCAAAUAAUAAAUUCAUUUGCAAAAAAAGUCACAUAGAAAUUUAUUUAGGUUGUAUUUAAAUUGAUUUUGCUCAAAUUAAAAUUUGAAUAAUAUUAUUAUAUAAGAUAGAAAAUAUUGCGUGUUAAAUUUAAUUGAAAAUUCUAAUUCAGCAUAUUUUAUCUAGCAAUAUUGAUUACAGACGCAUGAAAUCCGCAGUUUAAUCGUAAAAAAAUGUAUGUAAGGAUGAAAACGAACUGACGAAUUUGAUUAUCACUAAUCACACAAACGCAUUGAAGAAAAAACACUGCAUCGCAGGUUUCGAUACGCACUUUCGUAAUAUUCGCAUAAUUGUAUGUCUAGUCAAUAAAAUAAUGCAAGCGAGCAAUUGAACACAAAUGUAAGCACAAAGUGGAUGUUUUACCAAAGUAUUCAAUGUUGAAGCGUAUUUAAUCGUAUAAUGUACUUUUCGAAGUAAACUUUAAGAAAAUUGCACAUAUAUAUAUAUAUAUAUA